AAUCACGGCACGCGCUCCGCUCUAGUUUUAACAGCUGUAUGUCGCGGGUGGCUUUCAUUUCGCAUUUGUUUUAUUUUCAAUUCCGUCCACAAAAGCUUAUUACGGCACACAUAUCUCAACUGCGAAGAACCAAACAACCAAUAGGUACACUGAUUAGAGAAAUAGUUUGCUGACCAUAAUAUUGAAAAUGUCGGCACUGCUGAAAAUACACAGAGCUCACAAGCUCUUCACGCCCGCCUUUGUGCGCAGCGUUUCGGAGGCAGCAAAAUAUCCAAAGAUAACCACCCACUACACUUUGAAUCCGCGUGAAAAGGACGAGAGAUGGAAGGAGGUGGACAUGGAGCGAUGCAUCGAGGAGGUCGACUUAGUUAUUGUUGGCGGUGGACCAGCUGGCAUGUCAGCUGCAAUACGUGCCAAACAGCUAGCUGCUGAAAAGAAUCAGGAGAUUCGCGUGUGCAUUGUGGAGAAAGCCGCCGAGGCUGGUGGUCACAUACUCUCUGGCGCUGUCAUCGAUCCGAUUUCCAUAAACGAACUGAUACCUGACUGGCAGGAGCAGGGUGCGCCGUUGAACACGCCCGUGUCGAAGGACACCUUCUCUUAUCUGACGCCCACCGGUCGCAUCUCGAUACCCAUUUUCAAGGGCUGGCCCAUGGACAAUCAUGGCAAUUAUGUUGUGCGUCUGGGUCACUUGGUCAAAUGGCUGGGUGAUCAGGCAGAGGCAUUGGGCGUUGAGAUUUAUCCCGGAUGUGCGGCCUCUGAGGUGCUGUUCCAUGAGGAUGGCAGCGUUAAGGGCAUUGCCACGAACGAUGUCGGCAUUGCCAAGAGUGGAGCACCAAAAGAAACCUUUGCACGCGGCAUGGAAUUGCAUGCGAAGACCACGAUAUUUGCCGAGGGCUGCCGUGGUCAUCUGUCCAAGCAGAUUAUGGAGAAAUUUGGCCUCAAUGAGGGCAGCGACUCGCAAACUUAUGGCAUAGGACUAAAAGAGGUGUGGGAGAUCGCUCCAGAGCAUCAUCAACCUGGUCUGGUGGAGCAUUCGAUUGGCUGGCCUCUGGAUCGCUUUACGUACGGUGGCUCAUUUCUUUACCAUCUUGAUGAGCCCACGCCCACCAUCGCUGUGGGAUUCGUUGUUGGAUUGAACUACAAAAAUCCUUGGAUCAGUCCCUUCCAGGAAUUCCAGCGUUUCAAGACGCAUCCCAAAGUGCGGUCCGUCUUCGAGGGCGCAACGCGCAUUGGUUAUGGCGCACGUGCUAUCAACGAGGGCGGCUUCCAGAGUUUACCCAAGAAGUUAUCCUUCCCGGGAGGCUGUCUGGUGGGUUGCAGCGCCGGCUUCCUUAAUGUGCCACGCAUCAAGGGCUCCCACUAUGCGAUGAAGAGUGGCAUGCUGGCCGCAGAGAGCGCCCUGGAGGCCAUUGCUGAGGGUACGCAAACAACAGCGGGCAUUGAGCCCAUCAGCUAUGCGGACAAAAUUAAGGAGUCGUUCAUUUGGAAGGACUUGUACAAGGUGCGCAAUGUGCAUCCGUCCUUCCACAAUCCGCUGGGUCUCUAUGGCGGACUUGUGCUCAGUGGUUUCUCCAUUUUCAUGGGCGGCAGGGAGCCCUGGACGCUGACUCAUAAAAUACCGGAUCACGAGUCGUUGAAGCCUGCCAAUGUUAGUGAGCGCAUUGUGUAUCCCAAGCCAGAUGGUAAAAUCUCCUUCGAUUUGCUGUCCUCGGUGGCGCUAACAGGCACCAAUCACGAGGGUGAUCAGCCAGCACAUUUGACGCUCAAGGACGAUCGUAUUCCUGUUGAUCACAAUCUGGCCAUCUAUGAGGGACCCGAGCAGCGUUUCUGCCCCGCUGGCGUCUAUGAGUAUGUGCCCAACGAGGAGGGCGGCAAUAUGAAGCUGCAAAUCAAUGCACAAAACUGCAUACACUGCAAAACCUGUGAUAUCAAGGAUCCCAAGCAGAAUAUCAAUUGGGUUGUUCCUGAGGGAGGCGGUGGCCCCGCCUACAAUGGCAUGUAAUGCAAUCUUCUUGCUUUGAAGAACGUAAAAUACAUGAAUUAUGCCACAAUUGCAUUUGAUUAGUUUGUAAUUCAAAAGAACAAUAAGUCUAAAAGUACAUGUGUCAAAAUUGCUUGGAAAUUAUUUUAAAAAUUGUAAUUAACUGUAAUUAUGUAAGUCUGAUAUCGAAGUUGCAAUAAAAGAAGAGUGAAAUGUGAAAUUGUGAAAUUCA